AUGGAGCGCCGCCGGGAGGUGAAGGCGCUGCUGAAGCGCUGGGAGGCGGCGUUUCUGCGGGAGCGCCGGAGGAAGCCGGCCACGACCGACAUCAAGGAGGCUCCAGAGGACGUCAAAAAGCUCUACAGAGAAUAUAAAAUGCUGAAGCAACACACAGAGCAAUUGGAUCUUGCCCGGUCCAACCCGCUCUGCCAGCCGUCAGCUAAGGAAACCCCAGCCGUGGCGCAGGUGCCGGACUCCGGUUGUUGGGGUGCACAUCUGAACCGGCAGCCCAAGGCCCCCAGACUGAGCCCCCGUGAUCAGGACACACUGAAAGCCUCUGCGCAGUACUUCGGGAUGAAGCUGAAAUCGAACCUCGGGGCAGUCAUAAAGGAGAGGCCUCCGGCCUUGAGGAAGACCCUGACUCCGAAGAGGAAACUAGCUGUGCCCAAGCUAGAGAAGAGUUUGGAGAGCAGUGACAAGGGCCCGUCUCCAAUCCUGGUAUCUGGGGAGGCUUUGAAGAGCGAUGCAGGAGGGGCUGCUGAUGGAGGGGAACUGGAAGAUCUCCUCCUCCCUCCCUCUGUAUCGGGGCUGGCCCCUAUCGUCCUCUCUGCAGGGGUGAAGCCCAGUCCACAGGUGAAUAAAUUCCAGCAGCUGAAGCAGACGGUGGCCCGGAGAUUGGGCUCCCUGGAUCCCGGCUGGCUGCAGAGGUGCCAGGGGGUGCCCGGAUGCAAAGAGGCAAUGCCAGGAGAAGAGAGCCCCUCCACCACGAGCAGCAUGGACCGAGAGCAGAGAAAACCAGGCCCUGCCUCGCAGUGGGACUUGUGCAUCCCUUCUCUCAACCCGGACAGUGCCACUGAAGCUCAGUGCCUGGAAGGGGAGAAUAUUCCCCCUGUGAACUGUUUGCUGGAGAGCUGGGAACAGCAGAAAAGGCACGAGUCCUCGAAGCAGGGAAAACAUGGUGGCGCAGAGCUGGAGGGCAGUGAGCCGACUGGUCCUGGGGGAGCUGAGCACCAGGCGGGAGGGGGGAGCAAGCAGGCUGGGAAAGGGAAGACUGAUGGCCUGGGAUCAACGAUCAAAAAGUCUGUGGGUAAAUCGGAGAGCGUCUCUGAAGCCCUCACUCCCGAGGGAGAGCGGGAAGAGGUUAGCAGGGCUCCCGCAGAGCAGGAAGGGGCCGUUGGCCAAACGGAGGAUGGACCUGCUCAGUCCCAGAAGGUCAGAGCCUCCAGGAAGAAGAGGCAACGAGACGCUGGCGAAGAUGGUGGGGCCACCGGACCAGGAGACGGCGCAGCUCCCAGGAAGCUCCGGCGGACGGCUGGCUCGACGACGGGCCGCUGGGGCUCAGCUCGGAGCGCCAGCAGUGCCGUCAGCAGGCCAAAGCAGAGCGAAUACGACCGGGAAGAAGAGGACAAGGAACGUGUGGCAGCCCCUCAGGAGAAAGGGACGGAGGUCUCGGCGCCCUUUGAAAACAUCUUGGGAGAGGUUGAGGAGGAGGAGGGCAAGCCCAGAGCCGCCAGCAGACCCGUCGCCGCCAGGGCACCUCUGCGGAAAGAGGGCAACUUCGUCAAGCUUAACCUCAAGAAAAAAUCUCAUGUUAGGAGUUACGUGUUGAAAGGAAAUCGCCUCCGCAAACAGGUGUGGAAGCAGAAGUGGCAGAAGAAGGGAGAGCACUUUGGAGGAGGCGGCAGGUCCCUUGAUAGAAGCUCAGACGUCUGCUUCAGAUGUGGCGGGACAGGGCACUGGGCGUCAGCGUGCAAGGGCCGAGGCCCAGCUGCUGCUGACCCGCCACCGGAGGAGACCAGCCACGCGGCCGAGGAGGAGGCUCCCUUGCCCACGCUGGAAGAAGUGGCCCGCAUGACCAACACCGCCUACCGAGAGCUCUCCGCAGAGAGCAGAAGCAGCAGCCAGGAGGGGCAGGAGGAGGUCUCGGAGGAGGCGCCUUACCUGGAUGUGCAGAGGCCGGCGUAUGAGCCACCCGCUCCCCCGGCCCCGAUGGAGCCCCUUUACGGCCUGGGGCCGGACGGGAAGGUGAGAGAGACCCCUGAGGAGGUGUUUCAGGCUCUGUCAGAGCUGGGGUACAGCUCUUUCCGCCCAGGCCAGGAGGUGGCUGUCAUGAGGAUCCUCUCAGGCCUGUCCACGCUGGUCGUGCUGUCGACGGGGAUGGGGAAGUCCCUCUGCUACCAGCUGCCCGCGUACCUGUACCACAAGCGCUCCAAGUGCAUCACCUUGGUCGUCUCCCCGCUGGUGUCGCUGAUGGAUGACCAGGUUUCGGGGCUGCCCCCGCGCCUGAAGGCCGUCUGCAUCCACUCCAACAUGAGCAAGGCGCAGCGGGAGGCGGCUGUGGAGAAGGUGAGGAAGGGCCAGGUGCACGUGCUGCUGCUGUCCCCCGAAGCCCUGGUUGGCGGAGGCGGCGCGGGGUCUAGCUGCCUGCCCGCCGCCGAUCAGCUCCCCGCCGUGGCCUUCGCCUGCAUCGACGAAGCUCACUGCGUCUCCGAGUGGUCCCACAACUUCCGCCCGUGCUACCUGCGGCUCCGCAAGGUUCUCCAGGAUCGCCUGGGUGUACGCUGCUUCCUGGGUCUCACAGCUACUGCCACCCUGGCCACGGCACAGGAUGUGGCCCAGCACCUCGGGAUCCAGGAGGGCGAAGGAAUAGCCGUGCGCUCUGCAGCCGUGCCUCCAAACCUGCAUCUCUCCGUCUCGAUGGACAGGGAUAGAGAUCAGGCCCUGAUCUCCUUGCUGCGGGGGGAGCGGUUUGGGUGCCUGGCCUCCAUAAUCGUGUACUGCACACGCCGGGAGGAGACCGCUCGCAUCGCGGCGCUCAUCCGGACGUGCCUCCAAGGAGUGGUGCUCAGGGAGCCCGCAGCAGCCGGGGAGCCGCGGCAGGAUGACAGCCCUGGGGAAAGGAAGAAAGCAGCGGCAAAGAGGAGCAUCCGGCGCCCUCUGAAGUGGGUUGCUGAUGCCUAUCACGCUGGCCUGUCCGCUGCCGAGCGCCGCCGCGUCCAGAACAACUUCAUGUGCGGCCAGCUGCGAGUGGUGGUGGCCACGGUGGCCUUCGGCAUGGGGCUGGACAAGUCGGACGUGCGUGGCAUCGUGCACUACAACAUGCCCAAGAACUUCGAGAGCUACGUGCAGGAGAUCGGCCGAGCUGGUCGGGAUGGCGAGCCGGCUCGCUGCCACCUCUUCUUGGACCCGGAGGGCGGGGAUCUCCACGAACUGAGGCGGCACAUUUACGGCGACACCGUGGAUUUUUUCACCAUCAAGAAGCUGGUGCAGAAAGUUUUCUCUCGCUGCAAGUGCCUGGAGCUUCGUCAGAAGCAGCAGGACGUCUCCAGGGGCGGGGAGGUGGAAGAUGCCGAAAUGGCCGAGCUCUCGGAGGAGCCGGGCGCCGGGGCGGCCGCGGGGCCGAGCGCGCCGCGGCAGCGGGCGUGUUACAAGCACGAGCGGGCCUUCCCCAUCCAGCAAACCGUGGAGUCUCUGGACAUCCGGGAGGAAGGUAUCGAGACCUUGCUGUGCUACCUGGAGCUGCACCCGCAGCGCUGGCUCGAGCUGCUGCCCCCCACCUACUCCUCCUGCCGGGUGCUGUGCUACGGGGGCCCCAAGCAGCUCAGGGCCGCGGCGAGGAGCUCUCCCCCCGUCGCCGUGUUCCUGGCCCGGGAGCGCCUGGCCGGGAGGGAUCACAGCCGCGCCAGCUCCGCCGAGUUCGACGUGGUCUCGCUGAGCGACUCCAUGGGCUGGGAGGUGGCGCUCGUGAAACGGGCCCUGCGCCAGCUCCAGUGGGACCCACGGCUGCAGCAAGGCGGUACCGGCACCGGGAAGAGCGGCGUCCUGGUGGAGUUCGGAGACCUCUCCUUCCACCUGCGGGCCUACGGCGACCUCGCGGACCACGAGCUGGACUCCAUGUGCGACUUCCUCCACCGAAGGGUGGUGGCCCGGGAGAAGGCGGCUCUCGGCCAGCUCCGCGCCUGCUUCCAGGCCUUCCAGAGCGUGGCCUUCCCGACCUGCGCCCCCCACCCCGAGCACGCCGAGGAGGAGAGGAGCACCCGCCUGAAGGCCUUGCUCAGGGACUACUUUGAGAAGAAGCCCCCCGGGGAGCAGGCUCGGCCCACGCACGAGAGCGACGCAGAGGAAGAGGCCCUCGGCGCCGCCAAGCUGCGUGACUGGGAGAGCCAGAUCCGUGCGGACAUCCGGCACUUCCUCUCCAUCCGCCAGGAUGAGAAGUUCUCCGGCAGAGCCCUCGCCAGGAUCUUUCACGGCAUCGGCAGCCCCUGCUACCCGGCGCAGGUCUACGGGCGCGACCGCCGCUUCUGGAGGAAAUACCUCCAUUUCGACUUCCAUAAACUCGCACGCCUGGCCACGGAGGAGAUCCUCGGGAGCAGGUGAGGGCGCGGGGCCCCGAGCGGCCCCCUCCUCUU